CUUCUGCCUGUCACUGACGCGCAUCGCCCACACUCAGCAUAUUCUUGUCGGCGACUUCAGUCAUUGACCAGUCGGCUAAAGGUGGGAGGUGCCUGCCUGUCUCGUUCGGGGAGGCGGUGUAUCCUCCCCCGAGGGCUGACUCCUCUCUGCGUUCGCCGGCGCCACCCGCAUUGCCCUCCCCAACCCCGACCACUUUAUUCUCCGAUAGUCGCCCCGCCGCUCGCACUUCAGACGAGAUUUCCGGAUCCCGGGGGCAGAGGCGCUUCGUGCAGACGAAAACUGCAACGAGACAAAGUUUCUCCAGGAGGGACAAAUCAAUGGAGUUACAUAUAAAACUUGGGAACAUUGUGGCUGUUAUUCUGUGGUUCAAUUCUAUGCUAAUGAUCUGUAUAAACUGCACAGAGAUUGACUAUCAGCCUAACAUUGUACUCAUAAUGGCAGAUGACCUCGGCAUUGGCGAUAUUGGCUGCUAUGGAAAUAAUACCAUAAGAACUCCCAAUAUUGAUCGCCUGGCUGAGGAAGGGGUAAUGCUGACCCAUCACAUAGCGGCUGCUCCAUUGUGCACACCCAGUAGGGCUGCCUUUAUGACAGGCCGGUACCCUAUUCGCUCAGGUAUGGACAAUGGUUACAGAGUCCGUGUCCUUCUCUUCAUUGGCGGCUCUGGUGGACUCCCAAGAAAUGAGACAACGUUUGCAGCAAUAUUACAGAAACAGGGAUAUGCCACAGGCAUUAUAGGCAAAUGGCACCUGGGUGUAAACUGUGAAACCAGGAAUGAUAACUGUCACCACCCACUCAGUCAUGGCUUUGAUUACUUUUAUGGCAUGCCAUUCACCAAUGUCUAUGAUUGCAAGCCGGGAAGUCAAAGCGUCAUUUUAGCGGAUGUACAAACCGUUGUCUAUCUGAUCACUGAAGUGGUCUUUGCGGGGUUUUUCACCCUGCUGGCUGUAAGAUGGACUGGCUAUAUAUGCAUUGGUUGGAAGUGGAUCAUAUGGCCUGUGGUGUUUUAUUCCCUGCUCUUUGGGUCUUGGUACAGCGUGUUUGGAUUCCUGAGACUCUGGAACUGCUUGGUCAUGAGGAACCACCAAGUCGUCCAACAGCCAUCAAAUCUGGAAACCCUCUCGUCAAGAAUGACCGAGGAAGCUCUGACAUUCAUUGAAAGAAACCAGAAGAAACCAUUUCUACUUCUCCUAUCGCUACUACAUGUUCAUUCUCCCUUCUUUACCACCGAGCCAUUCAUUGGGAAAAGUAAUCACGGUUCUUACGGAGAUAAUGUGGAGGAGAUGGAUUGGCAUGUGGGUCAGAUUGUAAAUUCCAUCAACAAUUUUGGCCUUGCAAAUAAAACUCUCAUCUAUUUUGCCUCGGAUCAUGGUGGUGGCAGAGACUCUGUUGGAAUGAACGGAGAGCUUGAUGGCGGUUGGAAUGGAAUAUACAGAGGUAAAAAGGGACUUGCUGGAUGGGAAGGUGGGAUUCGUGUCCCUGGAAUAUUCAGAUGGCCGGGCCAGUUGCCUUCUGGUAGGAAAAUUGAUGAGCCCACCAGCCUCAUGGACAUUUACCCAACUGUUAUCGACCUGGCUGGGGCAUCCUUGCCACAGGAUAGGGUAAUUGAUGGACAUAACCUGAUGGGGCUACUGAGGGGCGAGGUGCAGAAGUCAGAGCAUGAGUUUCUGUUUCAUUACUGCGGAAGUGCUUUGCAUGCAGUGCGAUGGCAUCCAAAAGACACUGACUCUGUGUGGAAGGCUCACUUGUUUACACCCAGAUUUGAAGAUAAAAACUGCUACAAAACUGAAGCAGGGGACUGCCACGAUGAGUCUGUCACCUACCAUGACCCACCUUUGCUCUUUGACCUCUUAAAAGACCCCUCGGAGGCAAACCCAUUGUCGCCUGCCGUGGAGCCUCUUUUCCAUAACAUCCAGGACCAAAUCCGAUUGGGUGUGGAACAACAUCAGAAGACCUUGUCUCCAGUGCCUCUUCAGCUCUCUUGGAGUAAUACUCUCUGGAAGCCCUGGCUUCAGCCUUGUUGUGGUUCAUUUCCAUUUUGUGGCUGCAGCGAAGAUCCCACUGAACCCGGUAAAACACUGAAACCUGGCAAAUAAUUCUGAUGACUGCAUCAUUAUUAUAUUAUUGACAUUCAAUGAUUCUGCUUGGGAAUAAAAAGCCGGAGUGAAAUCUGACCAUAAGACUGUAAGAUAUAGGAGCAGAAUUAGGCCAUUUGACCCAUCAAUCUGCUCCGACAUUUCAUCAUGGCUGAUCCACUUUUUUUUCUCUUGGCCCCAAUCUCCUGUCUUCUCCCCUUAUUCCUUCAUGCCCUAAACAACCAAGAAUCUAUCAACCUCUGAACAUCCGUAGGGAUGUUUGAAUGGGAAUUAGAACAAUUUUAUUAUUGGUGUGUGUACUGAGAUAUUAUUUCCCUCGGGAUCAAUAAAGUAUGUCUGUCUGUCUGCCUGAAAC